AGAUGUCCGCCCCCGCCCCCACCACUGAGGCUUCUGGCCUCAAUGAGGAUCCUCGUGAAGAAGAAGCUCCUGCUCCCGCUCCCGCUACCACGACCACCACCACGAUGACCCCGACCCUGACUCCGACAACUCUGAAUCUGCCUAGGGCUGGCGCUGCACCAACAGCCAACGAUGAGCCUACGGGCGCCUCUCCGCCGGCCCUGACGUCCCCCGCAACCUCCAACACGGCCGCGUCUGCGCCUCCUGGCCCUGUGCGCCUCCUCAGCGACCGAAUCUGCGGUGGGCCCGUCCCCCGCGACGCCCGCACGCCUGGCUACGGCCGUAAGUCACCCACAGGGCCUGGUGCUCAACUCCCCGACUCCCAGCCAGCAGAUGGCGCUGCAGCUUGCAGCUGUCCUUGCCCUCCCUGACGCCCGCCACCUGGAAUUUCACGCCCUCGACUCCUCCGACCCGCCGAACCUCGUUGUUACGGCUAAGUGCUAGUGCUAUGGCUAGCACUUACGGCUGCAACCUCACGUGAUGGAUAACAUUGGAUAUCAUGGAUAUUAUGUUCUCCAUGUUAUCCACGGCGAUCCACGAAAUGUCAUGGAAUGGAUAACAUUGGAUAUCUUGGGGAUCCACAGAAUAUCAGGUGAUGGAUAACAUUGAAUAUCAUGGAUAUUAUCUUACCCAUGUUAUCCACGGAUAUCCCUUUGCAACUCAA